GAUCUCUCUCCAUCGUCCUGCGUCGCCCCGAAUCUGCCUCCACCACCACAACCAGUGCUGCCAUGGACGCCUCGAAUCUCAAAGGCGUAAAACACAUCAUCCUUGUCCUCUCCGGCAAAGGUGGCGUCGGCAAGUCGACCGUAACGACCGAACUGGCCCUCUCGCUUGUCGAAUGCGGCCUUCGGGUUGGAAUCCUCGACAUUGACCUGACUGGCCCGAGUAUCCCGCGGAUGCUCGGCCUUGACGGACAGCAGGUCCACCAGUCGUCGUCUGGCUGGAUUCCGGUUUACUCUGACGACAAGAAGAAUCUCUCGGCCAUGUCUAUUGGCUUCUUGCUCAACAACAAGGACGAUGCUAUCAUAUGGCGAGGUCCAAAGAAGACUGCCAUGAUCAAGCAGUUUCUCCAGGAUGUUGCUUGGGGCGAACUGGACUAUCUCAUCAUCGACACACCCCCAGGCACCUCGGACGAGCAUAUUUCGGUCGCCGAAUUCCUUCGAGAUCUUCAUCCAGAUGGGGCUGUUAUGGUCACAACACCACAGGGCAUCUCGCUCUCGGACGUUCGCAAGGAGAUCAGCUUUUGCCGGAAAGUCGGAAUUCCGAUCCUGGGUGUUGUCGAGAACAUGAGCGGCUUCGUUUGUCCACACUGCACGGAGUGCUCGGACAUCUUUGCCCGAGGCGGUGGUGAAGCCAUGGCUGCAGAAUACGGACUCGAGUUCCUUGGCCGUGUUCCAAUCGAUCCCGCCCUGACAACAUUGAUCGAGGCAGACGGAGGCAGCUUCACCAAGCGGUUCACACAGUCCGCCCUCUACCCGAUCUUCAAAACCAUAGCCGAUAGGGUUGUUCGAAGCUGCGGACCCGUCUCUGCAGAAUAACCCGCCAAGAUGGCUGGGGCCGUCUGAGAUGGCUACUGUCGGCUCCAGCUGUAGAGACCAGCGAGUCGCUGAGUUCCAGUUGGCUCAAAUACACGAGCUGCACAGCUCAAGUAUUCUCUGUAAGAA